CCUCAGAAGCAAAACUUCCCUCCCAAAUUCAGUACUGUACCACUCUGGCUUCUAGGCCGGACGACAUACAUUUUAAGCUCCACUAUGUCGAUUCCCAGAGAGUCAAUCAACAAACUAUCUCUUUCUUGCAGUUGAACUUGAAAGCCCUCCGUAGUGGAACAGCGGAUGAAUAAUUCCAUGCAAACAACGUAACAAACGCCGGACGACUCGUCCUUUUCCAAGAUGGCCACGUAGCGUACGGCGCCAGUCUUGCGUCAUAACCGCCUCCUCGGUGGCUUUGCUUUGCCCUUUUCUAGAAUGGCCGCACCGCGGGCGUCGCCAGCCUCCUCACGUUGUUCCUCGGACUGAGAGACGCGAAGGAAGUUCGACGGGAGGGGAGGGAAGAAACCCCGUUUUCCUCGCCCCACGUCGAGCAGCGCAGCUGAAGCACGUCGGAAGGGAGUUGCGGUGGGGCAGGGAAGCUGUGAAUUCCAUUACAAGAUUGGUUAUACGUUACCAAAACGACCCGUCUCCACAAAUAAAGCAAUGGGUGGAAUCAUUUCCAGAUGGCGGGCAAAACCUUCCACUAUAGAAGUGUUGGAAAAACUUGAUAAGGAUAUCCAGGCACUGGAAGAGUUCAGAGAGAAAAAUCAGAGACAGCAGAAGCUAUGGGUGGGAAGGUUUCUCCUCUAUUCAUCUGUUCUCUAUCUUCUCAUCUGCUUAGUUAUUUAUUUGUGGUACCUUCCUGAUGAAUGGACUGCUCGAUUCAUUAUGACCCUUCCACUUUUUGCAUUUCCUCUGAUUGUUUGGUCUAUAAGAACACUCCUCAUCUUCUGUUUUUCAAAAAGAACAGAAAGAAAUAAUGAAGCCUUAGAAGAUUUAAAAGCCCAGAAGAAAAAAAUACUUGAAGAAGUAAUGGAAAAAGAAACGUAUAAGGCUGCUAAAUUAAUCCUUGAACGAUUUGAUCCAGAAGCCAAGAAGGCAAAGGAUGUUGAGCCGCCAUCUGCUGGAGCAUCUGCAGUUCCAAGACCUGGCCAAGAACUUCGCCAUCGGACCCCAGUGCGAGAAAAUGUGCCUCCACCUGUCCCAGUUACACCAAAACAGGGAUCUCCAAAAGCACUGGGUCUAGUGCCACCACCUUCUGGCUUGCCGAGAGACAUUUCAGCACCCGGCGGACCUCCGGAGAGAACUCUGUCAUCAGCCUCACCGCCAAAUAUGUUACCACGACAUCCUGGGUCCCGUACUUCCUCAAUGCCUGGAAUGGGCCUUCAUCCUCCAGGACCCCCAUUGGCAAGACCUAUUCUUCCACGAGAGAGGGGAGCAUUAGAUAGAAUUGUUGAAUAUUUAGUUGGAGAUGGUCCACAGAACAGAUAUGCCCUGAUAUGCCAACAGUGUUUCUCACAUAAUGGGAUGGCUUUGAAGGAGGAGUUUGAAUAUAUUGCGUUUCGGUGUGCCUACUGCUUUUUUCUGAAUCCUGCAAGAAAAACCAGGCCGCAGGCUCCACGGCUUCCAGAUUUUGGCAUUGAAAAGAAGCCAGCUGCUGAGAUGCAGAGCAUGACUGAAGCUCCACAGUCGGAGGAGGAAAAGUUACAACAGACCCAAACGGAAGAAGGUAGAGCAUACCCUGAGAUGAAAGGAAGUUAUAUGUAGAACACUUUUGUGGGGCUUUAGGCAGAAGAGUUUCUUCAGAAUAUGCUGGAAAACAUAACUGGUGAUGACUGGAAGAAAUAAUGCUGCUGACCAAAAAUACGUUUGGAACCCUUUACAGUGUUGGUUGAUAUCUUUUGUAUAUUGCAUAAAGAAGCAAUGUUUCUAAUUUAUUGUAUGUCUAAUGCAACAUUAUGCAAGCUGACAUUUAUUCACAUAGAGGCUGGUCUUUAAUCUCUUUCUCAAUGAGGUCCAUUCAGAACCUCAAAAGUUAGCGUGGAAGAUUGUUUGUAUUAAUAAUUUUGUAUUAAUUUAGGGGAAUGUGUUGGCACUGAAAUCUGAUGGGUGGGAAUGUUCUCAGAUAAUAUAUAAAUUUGUGUGCUGGAGCUGGAGUGAUAAAGAAUGGUAAUGGCUAAUAGAGCUUGAAUCAAGCUUCUGUAGUUG